AUGAAAAUUUCGCUUAGCCUUGCUUCGCCCCUGGUCGCCGCUGGCAUCGUCGAGGGGCACAUUGCCGCAUGGGCCGAUGGCAUGUAUUGUCGAGGUGGGAACAACUCUGCAGUGGACGACUCCAACACCAACCUGGUAGUCAACCCGCUCUACCAACUCCCGAAAGCCAAGUGGUGGAUGCAAGCCGACCGCGGAUGCGACAAAGUGCCCCCUCCAGCGGGCCAGUUUCUCAACCUACCCGCCCGAGGCAAGUUUACCGUCGACCUUGGGGCCAAUCGCGGCUGCACGAGCCUUUCCUACGGCGGCAAGACAGCAACGCAGUGGCCGGACUGCAGCGAACAUCCAGAAGAUUGGCAUGCGCCUGGGCCGGGCAAGUGUCUCGUGGAUAACCCGGACGGCAAAGGAGGGGCGAUGCACACGCAAAACUAUACCACCACAGCAGGCACAGCAUUCGCCAUCAGCUAUCAGUCAGAUAUCAGAAAAGUGACGAUGGAGAACCUCGUCGUCUUUUCGGUUGUCGAGCAGUAG